UGUGUGUAUGUGUGUGCAGUAGUAGCUUUAAACGGGGGGGAAUCUGGACACCCUCUACGAAUUGAAUAGAACCCUCUGCAGGCAGGCCGUGCUUUUCUGUCCCUCUCAAUGUGCUUUUUAACAAAUGGAAGCAGAGGUCUUAAACCCCCAGAUGAUGGCAGACGUCAAUGGCAACAAUAAAAUCAGCAACGCGGAGCUGGAGGUGUUGAAGCUGCAGGAAUUAGUCCGAAAAUUGGAGAAGCAAAACGAACAAUUGCGGACACGAGCGAACGCUGUAAACAAUUGCUCCAUCGGCCCUCAUCUCCAGACCUCGUUGUCGUGUCUGCACGGGGGUACAGCCUGUCCGAGUGACAAUUUCUCCUGUAAAUAUGGCAUUCCGGGUCCGACACAGGCUCAUACGUGUGCCCCCGGAGCCCGAGGUUCACCGGAGGAGCCUAUCGCGUAUUUUCAGCCGAGCUCGGUGUCUCCUGACGCCGCUGAGGAGGACAGCGUCGACCUCGGAGCCACAGUUUUGGAUGAGGUUGAUAUUUUGGAUCUUAACACCGUGCUCCCUAUCGGAGAGCCUGAUAGCUGGCUAUAUGUGAGUCCCAAAGCCAGGCUGCAGGGUGAGAGUGUCCUCAGCCCUCUCCAGUGGUGCAGGCAGGUACUGGACCACCUGGGGCCCGAGGUGGAGCUGGCUAAGAUGACCCUCCUUCACAGACUGGACCAAGCUAAGCGGUGGCGAGGAGUCUCCUCCGUCCGUCCUUACAGCUGCAUAGAGGGGCUCUCCACCCUCAGCUGCCCCGUCCUGCCUUACACUAAACCUGCUGCACUAACCGAGUCCCCAGCUCCAUCAUCUGCUCAGUCUUUACUCCAGCCGACUCUACCUUUCAGGGCCAGCUGCAACCUCAGUGACAGAACGCCCACCUUCCUAUCAAACUCCAAUCUCCACAACGUGGGUCGCCGGCAUGCAGCGAUCAGCCCACAGUCUUCCGUGGACAGUGAGGUGGGUGUGUCAGAGCUGGAGGACGACUCCAUCUCUAUGAGCUACAAACUGCAGGACAUGACAGAUGUGGAGGUCAUGGCACGACUUCAGGAGGAGAGUCUCCGACAGGACUACGCCUCUACCUCACACCCCACCACAGCUAGCCGGCGCAAUUCCGGCUUCACCUUACAGACCCUCAGGCGCAGUGAGAUGGAUCUGGAGGAGGAGGACGAGGACGACGAUGACGACGAAGGGUACGACCAGCUCCCUCCUCCCCAGCCUCGACUGUUCCGCACAGGGUCUAUGCAGCGGGGCAGCCUGCCCCACUCUCACACCUUCUCCAGUAUCAGAGACUGCAAGCGCAGCUCAAACACACCUCAGUUUUCACUCAGCGGACUCUCCCACUACCUUGGACCCUCCAGCCUGACCACAGAAAACCACACAGUAUACAGGAAUAGCACAGACAAGCUACGGAGAAGCAUGCCCAACCUGAGAUCUCCCAGCAUGUCCAGUGUUCCCAGCAAUCCAUGCCUGGCUUCCCCUAUCAACCCACCCUCCCAUGGCCCCUCCUCCCUGCCAAUGAUAUCCUCCCUCCGGAGCAGCCAGAGCUUUGACUCGUCCAGUGGGCUUGCACGACUCCAGUCCUCCAUUCCCUCCCCAGGCCAGCUCACCCAGCGAGUCCAGAGCGUGGGGAACUUUCCAACCACUCCCCGAAACCCACUAAAAGCCACAGCUUAUGUAAGCCCCACGGUGCAGCAGUGCCCACCCAUCAGCUCCCUGACCACCUCCACCAGUCUGCACUCCAUCCCCAGCAGCACUGCGCUGCCUCAGCCCCUCAAACACAGCAGCAGUUUUGUACAACAACCUUUAAAAGCCAGUGGCAACCAGUCAGCUGUCACUCGCAGCUCCCUUCCUCGCCCAGCCUCCUUUGUAGGAGCAAGCGGAGUUCCACGUGCAAGCAAAAUCACCCAACCCACACGCAGUUUGCUGACUCCUCCAAAGAGCGUGGCUGCCCUGAGUGCCCUGAGGGACAGCAGCUGGAAAGACGGCUGCUACUGAACCCAAAUAAACUGAAGUUCAAGAGGUGCACAGGGUAACGCUGCAUGGGGCCUCAAUGAUUUAAGAUGAUGCCGUCAGGAGGGCCUGGUCUUGGGCUGUGACCCAAAAGAGUGACUGUUAACAUUUCAAACGGGCUCUACUCCUUAUUGAAGGACAAAGUAGAGACAGUACGGGUCCAGCAGGCUGGAUCUCUACAUUACUACCUGCUGUAACACAGACUGACACUACAAAACAACCUGGCAAUAUUCUGAUACUCUGUUGAGAAAUGUGAACUGGAUCUUCUUUGAUAUGUGUUACUGAUUUGUCAUUGUGGAUAGUUAAGGCUUUCAUACAAAGAGUUCUCUGCAGAUAAGGCAUAGGAAAAAAACAGCCCCAGCUUUUGUACAUGCUAUGAAUGAUUUUGUACGACUAAUUUUGCAAUUAAUGAUUUAUUGUCUCUCUGUGGUGUCAGAUUUGAAGUUGAACCUGGAAUUUUGUUAAAUCCUGUGCCUGUUAAAAUAGUAAUGUAAUUCAUGUUAUAUUUAUUGGCUGGACCUCACAGCACUUGUGAUCAGAAUUAUGAUUAACACUUUAAGGUGAAAGAUAAUAUGACCUAAGUUAGUGCACACACAUUAUCUUUCCUUUCUGUUAUUGUUUACACAAGAGCUAAGAUUUGUAAUGUUCUUUGAUAAACAUAAUCGCUGCAAUGACAUUGCACAAAGAGCCCUAAUGCUUUUUCUGGAUGACAAGACUUUAGAGAGGAU